ACAAAUUCUUCUCUGAUUGCUAGUCGUCAUUUGAGCUUGUCAUUCUGGGAAUCGGCGUUAACCUUAUAGUAAUUGUUACUGUUGGUUUAUAAACGAUGACUAGUGUACAAGCUGAAGAGACACCUGCCUCUAAUACUACAAAUACCGCUUCAGCUGACAAAGGCAAGCCAGCUGUUCAUAAAACAGAUUAUGAAAAAGAUGUUGUUUAUCUCUACCAGUUUUCCCGAUGCCCGACAUUGCCAUCGGCGUCUCCAUUCUGCCUCAAAGUUGAAACAUGGCUGAGAAUGACCGAAGUCAGAUACGAGAAUGUGGAUCAUAAAAUGAAAUAUAAAUCAAAGAAAGGACAGCUGCCAUUUGUUGAAAUAAAUGGUGUUGAAAUUGCCGACUCUGAUAUUAUUAUAAAGGAGCUGAGUCAGAUUUUUGGUAAAGAUUUGGAUGAAAAUUUGACAUUAGAUCAGAAAAAUGUUAGUCAUGCUUUCGUAUCGAUGCUCAAUAAUCAUACUAGUUGGGUGAUGCGCUGGUGGCGUUAUAGUCACCCUGGAGAAUUUCUGAAAGCAGCUCAGUUGGAUAUUAAGCGAACCUUGAACUCAAAACUACCGAAAGGACUCUUACAUUUCUUCUUUAAGCUGGGAUUUAAAAGUAAUAUAAAGCGUGCUGUUGGUCAUGGUGUUGGCCGUCAUAACUCUGAUGAAAUAUAUGAAUUUGGUAAGAAGGACUUGAAAGCUUUAAGUGAAUACUUAGCUGAAAAGCCAUAUUUCUUUGGAGAGGAGCCCCAUCUACUUGACUGUGUGGCAUUUUCACAUCUCUGCCAAUUUGUGUACAUCCCUUUUGGUGGUUUGAAAGAAUACCUGGAGUCAGACUGUACAAACCUCUUGUCCUUUGUUGAACGCAUGAAGGAAAGGUAUUGGCCUGACUGGGAAGAAAUGUGCAAGACUCUGGAAUUAAAUACCCACCUCCCGAAGAAAGUUGAGGAACCUCCAAAGGAAGAAGGUGAGAAGAAAGAGAGUAAAGAGGCCGAAGAACCCGCCGAGGAGAAAAAUGAGAAAGAGGAUAAGGCUGAGAAAUUGGAUGAAAAAAUUGAAACCAAGGAAGAAGAAGCUUCUGAAAAGCCAAAAGAGGACAGUAAUGAAACAAAAGAGUGAAGCUUGUAAUUAUGUGGAUAAUUUUAAUAGGAAUGAGAAGUGAUUUUCUCCCAUUCAGUCAAAGCUUUAAGUGGAUCAGUGUUGUGUCAUUGUGCUUGUUCUACUGCAGCUGUUCUUUUGUUGUAGCUCAAGUAUCCUUAAAUUUCAUUCCAUUUUUACAAUUUUAAUGAAUUUUCCUCUUCAUUUUUGAUGUAUUUUAUUAACAGACUUGGCGAGCUCAACGUUAGUGACUCUGCGCACACGCGUCUGAAGUCUUCGGCAGCUCUGGGUGUUGCUCAAAUUUUUAAUGUUAGGAAUUUUUAUUCCUGUCAUUUGUAUUUGUUACACUAGUCUUAUACUUCGGUGAAACUGCAUUUAUGCAUGAAUGCAUUUUUUGCUUUUUUAAUUGCAGUAUUUCUGUACCUACUUAAGGAUUAAAGCUUUAUCUUAUGAUUUUUAUGUGCCCCUAUUGGGCUUUUACAUUUUUCGUUUAUAACAUAUACAUACCAAAUGAUUUUUUUUUUAUUAUUAUUUUAAACUAAAACAGUAGUAUUUUGAGUGAUAUUUUUAAUCAAUGUCAUACUUUUUAUCUGUGUAUCAUACAUUUUAAUCGGCCCACUGUUUAACAUGGGCCACCAAGAAAAAUUUUGUUCAAAUGGAUUGUAAUAUGUACAAGAUUUCAUAAAUUUUAAUGCUGAUUAUACCUUUUGCUGUGCAUAUUUGUCAAGCUUUUUGCACUAAGUCUGUGACCUGUCUUGUGUAUAUCCCAAGAAUCAUUUUUAAAUUAUGUAUACCUUUGUACUGUGUAUUACUGUUAAUAAACAAAGCUUUACUGUGUA